AUGGAUUUACGACGAGGCCAGGCGCCGAUGAAUAUCGAUCUUCCAAAGAACAACUUCGACCAAGAUUCUCCUCCCAUAUCCGCCCUCUUCAUCAUCUAUUUCGAUAUCAAGGCCGGCUAUACUAUCGGAUGGAAGCGAGCGUUGGAUGGUGUCGAGCUUGAAGGUGUCGUGGAAUAUAAGAGCUUGCCCUCUGGACUACACACUGUUAAAGAGGAUUUGAUAUACUUCGUACACGAUAACAAUGCUGGACUUAGUGCUUUCGUCAAUGCGCCGGCAGCGGAAGAAUCAAGAAAUGCGCAGAUGAUCGCAGUUGGGGUGAUGGUGCCCUUGAGCUAUGGCAGACUGGGAAGAAGUUGGAAGCACGCCGAAAACUUGAAGAGAAUGGCAAGUGAGCUCAUCAAGGACACGACCAAGACCGAGGUUCUCGAGGAAUAUUGGGAACGACAUAAGGGGCAUGGGACUACACCAUUCAAUGAGCCGGAGUCUCCAACAGAGAUAAUCAGUACUGUUCGAUUUACACCGUCCCAAACACCACCGAGAAAUGGCGUUAAGCACAACAGAAACCGUUCUGCGUCUGACGGCGCAGCUCUGCUUCCCCCAGGACAACAUUUGGCCGCAUACCACCCAGCUCGGAGUCUGCCAAAUCUUCUCGAUGCAUUUGGCCCGUUGAUUUUUCCAUUAUAUAGGGCGGCAAUUUUACGCAAGCGAAUACUCCUGACCGGCCAUGCGCCAGUUCAGGAAAGUUGUAAUUUUGUAUACGACAUUUCUGUUCUUUCAAAUAUUCCUCUUGCAGUGAGCGACCUGCUGGCAUCCAGCGCACCUCCUCAGCGUCUCAAACCUUUGUUCUCAAUUGGUGUUCACGAUAUUCCAUUAUUAGAAGAGGACCUACGAGCCGCCAAAGCCGCAGCAACAACACCAGGGUCAUCGGUAGCCGAACAGAGGGAUGAACCAGGAUGUGGUUGGAUAGCAUGUACGACGGACAGUAUUUUGGCAAUGAAGAGCUCAUUGUAUGAUGUUCUAAUUACCAUGCCACCACUGCACUCGGAAAAUGCUUCCGAGAAGGUGUGGCCAAAAAUCGAAUCACCUCAAGGUGUGGAAAUGAGGGCGACACAACGGGAUCUACGUCGUUACACGGCUCUGAAAUGGGGACUCUCACGAAGUAGCUCAGCUCCAACAAGCCCGUCAACCAGAAGACGAACACCGGAAGAGCCAGAAACCGGACGUACGAGUACAUCCAGUACAAUAUCCGCAAAUCACGAACCGCUGCUCGACAUACCUGACACAGAUGAUAUAAUUGAGCCACAAUCCUGGACAUCAUUAGCGUACUCAGGCUUCAUGUGGUGGGCAUCAGCCGGCGAACAGCGACAUCACUCAGAAGAAGAAUGUGAUUCAGAUGCUGUCCUGCUCUCGGGCUUAACAUUCUCUCCCGAUCCUUCACCCUCUCAACCACGCUCCCAAUCUACAGUCUCUUCAGGCGGAAAACCAUCGAAAGAAGACAGCAGCGCUAAGCAGGAAAUGGCCAUAAUAGCAUACUUCCAUCGAUUAACCACCCAGAUCCUAACAACAUUAAGUGAUAUAGUAGAUGCAACGGAUUCAGAUGAUGAGCGCGAAGACGAAUCACGCCCAUUACAAGGCAGUCCUGAUAGUAACGAGGAACAAAACAACGAUCCUCCUGUGUAUAUUAGCAGUACCGAUAUCGAGAGGAUGGGUCUCGAUGUGUGGAGUUCCACUGAUCAUUUGUUUAUUGAGGAAGUAGCAAAAGAGUACUUUGCGCGUCGUGCGCAUAUUGAAGGUCGCAACGUGGAUAUCUGUGGGAUUAGGAUCUGCUGA